AUUACAUAUUCCCUCAAACAAAGACCAAGAAAAGAAGCUUCUGCUUACAUCAAUAUGUUCUUCUAAAUAUAAGUAUCAUCAAUCCUCUUCAAUCUCCUUACCAUCUAUACUAUCUACGAAAUUAUCCUCUUUUUUUUUUUUUUUUUUAGUUUAUAUUAUAUCUCAAAGGGAUAGAACAGGGUAGAUGAAGGGGAAGAGGAAAGGGGAGAUGGAUGACGCCGCGCAAGGUGGGAAAGCUGAAGGGGUAUCCAAAAGGAAGAGCAAGAAGGCGGUGGAGAGCAAGGAGGAGGAUGGGAAGGAAGAGGCGGCGUCCAUGACGAUGGAGAAUGUGGUUGGGUGGGAGGAGUGGUGGCCGUGGUUGAGUGGCGUGGCGGAUGAGCAAAUGUCAUGGGGGUGCGUGUGGUCGCCGUUAUGGGAUAUGGAUUUUGUGGACACGGCGUAUGAUGAUCUAUUUAGUGAUGUUGUGUGGGAUGAUGAUAUCUGGAACUUGAGGAGCAUCAAUGAGGUUCCCAAGCCUUGAGAAAAAUGUUAAAAAGAAAGAGUUCAAUGAAAACUGAAAAAAUUCACUUUCUGUUUUUUAAGUCUUUUGUGUUUUUUGUUAUAAAUCUUUCUGAUUUGGGUUGCAUGUUCAAUUCCAGCAGAGAAUGAUGGAGGAAUAAAAUAAAACUACAAAUUAUGC